UUUUUUUUUUUUUUUGAGACAGAGUUUCACUCUGUCCCCCAGACUGGAGUGCAAUGGCACACUCUUGGCUCACUGCAACCUCCGUCUCCCGGGUUCAAGCAAUUCCUCUGCCUCAACCUCUGAGUAGCUGGGACUACAGGUGUGCGCCACCAUGCCCAGCUAAUUUUGUACUCUUAGUAGAGAUGGGGUUUCACCAUAUUGGCCAGGCUCGUGUCAACUCCUAACCUCGUGAUCCGCCUGCCUCAGCCUCCCAAAGUGCUGGGAUUACAGGCGUGAGCCACCAUGCCCAGCCAAAUCUAGGGCUGGAACAUGGCUGCAGCAUAUAAAAAGAAUUGAAUUCCAUACUUUUGUUAACCCUGUUUUUUGUUUGUUUGUAGUUGCUGUUUUUGAGACAGAGUCUCGCUCUGUCACCUAGGCUGGAGUGCAGUGGUGCAAUCUCGGCUCACUGCAAACUCUGCCUCCCGGGUUCAAACUAUUUUCCUGCCUCAGCCUCCCAAGUAGGUGGGACUACAGGCGCCCACCACCACACCCGGCUAAUUUUUGUAUUUUAUUAGAGACAGGGUUUCACCAUAUUGGCCAGGCUGGUCUGGAACUCCUGACCUGUGAUCCGCCCACCUCGGCCUCCCAAAGUGGUGGGAUUACAGGCGUGAGCCGCCACACCCAGCCCCUGUUUUGCUUUUGUUUUGCUUGCUUCUCAGGGUUGUUUUUCUAUUUAUGGUAAAGGCAUUGGCUUUCCAUUUGUAGCAUCAAUAGAAUAUUUCCUGUUUACAGUAACCUUAUGUCAUGGUAAAUGGUAAAGGGAUUUAAAGCAGUGGUUUUCAGCUGCCAGAGGCCUGAGUUUGGGCACACUGUGUGUGAUCGGGCAGAAGGCCUGUGGGAAGUUUAGCCGAGGACAGGGCCAGGAAAGGUGAUGGACAGUGGGGGUCCGUCCUGGUCACCAGGCCCCUGGGUCCUGCCCACCUGCUUGGAGCUCCCCACCCAUCACACAUGAUGCUGCCAAGCCCUCUGGGUAUUGUGAGCAAAUACCUUAGGAGAGAAGCUGAUGAACUUUGUUUCUUGAAAUGCACAGAUUCCUUGGAUGUCCCUGAGAGGUCAAUCAUGAAAGUCAACUUGGUUUUCUCCCCCUCAUUUGGGUUCAGAAUUUAAAGUCCACACACACAGGCAGUAAGAUGAUAUAGAUGAGGACAUCAUCACUCGGUUUCGGAUGUUAAAAUGUCUAGGUGGGUUAGGGGUGAUUUGAGAUCACACAACCUUGUGCCACAAAGUGGAAUUCCCAGGCCAGAGGGAGACAUUUUAUUGCCAUGUUAUGAUCUUAUCAUUGAGUUUAAAGGCAAUCUUGUUUCAUUUUGGAUUCUUUCUUAUGUUUAUAUCUUAUAAGGGCACUUUGAAUUUCCAAGCAAAUAAUAAUUUUGAAUUAGCUUUUAAUCAUUGACUUCUAGCACAGUUAUAUGAUCAGAAACAUGCUGUGUGAUUUGAUUGCUCUCAAAUAUAUUGAGAUUUGCUGGAACAAAAUAAGUCAGGUUAAUUUUUGUAAAUGUACCAUGCAUGCUUAAAAUGAAUGUAUCUACAUUUGUUCCUGAGAUACAGGUUGAUGGACGGAUGGCUACAUGGAUGUGAUGGAGAUGGUUUACUAUCGGGACCUUCCACAUCCUGCUGAUGUUUUGUUGCUUAGGAUAUGAAUGGCUGAGCGGAGGCUGUAAAACCUGGCACUCUACUUGGGUAUGAGGUUCUUCCUGCCAUCCUGCCAUCAUUUGUUUUUUAUGUUUUGUCGCCAAAAGUGACCUUGAGGAACCCUGGGAGCUCAGGAAGGAAGGAGCGCCCAGAAGCAGGGACAGGGAGCUGGUUGGGGAGGACCAGAAAUCAGGGCGCCCUGAAAGGACCAGGACAUGCGGGUGCGGUGGCGGUGCUUUUGGCUCCUCUUCUGGCUCCUGCUGGGAUUUAUCAGCCAUCAGCCCACCCCUGUUAUCAAUACUCUGGCUGACCAUCAUCAUCGUGGGACUGACUUUGAUGAAAGUCCUUGGUUACAUAUCAUUAUUGAGUUUCCGAGAAGUUAUGAAGUUGUCAUUACCCUCUGGACAGUGUACCUUUGGUUGUCUUUCCUGAAGACUAUCUUCCAGUCUGAAAAUGGACAUGAUGGAUCCACGGAUGUACAGCAGAGAGCCUGGAGGUCCAACCGCCGUAGACAGGAAGGGCUGAGGUCCAUUUGUAUGCACACAAAGAAAAGAGUUUCUUCCUUUCCAGGAAUUAAAAUUGGCCUGGAAGACAUCUGUCCUUUACGGAAACAGGUGGAAACAAAAGUUCAAGCUAAAAUCCGUAAGACGAAGGUCAUAAAGAAAGUCAACCAUCAUUACAAAAUCAAUGGAAAGAGGAAGACCGCCAAAAAACAGAAGAUGUUUCAACGUGCGCAAGAGUUGCGGCGGCGGGCAGAGGACUACCACAAAUGCAAAAUCCCCCCUUCUGCAAGAAAGCCUCUUUGCAACUGGGUCAGAAUGGCGGCAGCGGAGCAUCGUCAUUCUUCAGGAUUGCCCCACUGGCCCUACCUCACAGUUGAAACUUUAAAAAGCAGGAUGGGCCACCAGCCACCUCCUCCAACUCAACAACAUUCUAUAACUGAUAACUCCCUGAGCCUCAAGACACCUUCCGAGUGUCCGCUCACUCCUCUUCCACCCUCACCUCCACCGUCAGCUCCACCCUCAGCGGAUGAUAAUCUCAAGACACCUCCCUUAGCUACUCAGGAGGCUGAGGCAGAAAAAACACCCAAACCCGAGAGGCGGAGGGCCGCUGACGUGCAACCAACACCCGAGAGGCCUAGGGCCGCUGACGUGCAACCAUCACCGAAACCCGAGAGGCCGAGGGCCGCUGAGAUGGAACCAUCAUCACCCGAACCCGAGAGGCCGAGGGUCGCUGACGUGGAACCACCACCGAAACCCGAGAGGCAGAGGGCCGCUGACGUGCAACCAUCACCGAAACCCGAGAGGCCGAGGGCCGCUGACGUGCAACCAACACCGAAACCCGAGAGGCCGAGGGCCGCUGACGUGCAACCACCACCGAAACCCGAGAGGCGGAGGGCCGCUGACGUGGAACCAUCAUCACCCGAACCCGAGAGGCCGAGGGUCGCUGACGUGGAACCACCACCGAAACCCGAGAGGCCGAGGGCCGCUGACGUGCAACCAUCACCGAGAGGCGGAGGGCCGCUGACGUGCAACCAACACCGAAACCCGAGAGGCGGAGGGUCACUGACAUGCAACCAUCGCCGAAACCCGAGAGGCGGAGGGCCGCUGAUAUGCAACCAUCGCAGUAACCCGAGAGGCCAAGGGCCCCUGACUUGCAACCAUCAUCACCCGAACCCAAGAGGCGGAGGGUCGCUGACGUGGAAGCACCACCGAAACCCGAGAGGCCGAGGGCCACUGACAUGGAACUGUCAUCACCCGAACCCAAGAGGCAGAGGGCCGCUGACGUGGAACCACCACCGAAACCCGAGAGGCCGAGGGCCGCUGACAUGGAACCAUCAUCACCCAAACCCAAGAGGCGGAGGGUCGCUGAUGUGGAACCACCACCGAAACCCGAGAGGCAGGGGGCCGCUGACGUGCAACCAUCGCCGAAACCCGAGAGGCCGAGCGCCCCUGACGUGCAACCAUCAUCACCCGAACCCAAGAGGCGGAGGGUCGCUGACGUGGAACCACCACCGAAACCCGAGAGUCCGAGGGCCGCUGACGUGCAACCAUCACCGAAACCCGAGAGUCCGAGGGCCGCUGACGUGGAACCAUCAUCACCCGAACCCCGAGAGGCGGAGGGCCGCUGACGUGCAACCAACACCGAAACCCGAGAGGCCGAGGGCCGCUGACGUGCAACCACCACCGAAACUCGAGAGGCGGAGGGCCGCUGACGUGGAACCAUCAUCACCUGAACCCGAGAGGCCGAGGGUCGCUGACGUGGAACCACCACCGAAACCCGAGAGGCCGAGGGCCGCUGACGUGGAACCAUCAUCACCUGAACCCGAGAGGCCGAGGGCCACUGAUGUGCAACCAUCACCGAAACCCGAGAGGCAGAGGGCCGCUGACAUGGAACCAUCACCGAAACCCGAGAGGCCGAGGGCUGCUGACAUGGAACCAUCAUCACCCGAACCCGAGAGGCCGAGGGUCGGUGACGUGGAACCACCACCGAAACCCGAGAGGCAGAGGGCCGCUGAUGUGCAACCAUCACCAAAACCCGAGAGGCCGAGGGCCGCUGACGUGCAACCACCACCGAAACCCGAGAGGCGGAGGGCCGCUGACGUGGAACCAUCAUCACCCGAACCCGAGAGGCCGAGGGCCGCUGACGUGCAACCACCACCGAAACCCGAGAGGCGGAGGGCCGCUGACGUGCAACCAUCACCGAAACCCGAGAGGCCGAGGGCCGCUGACGUGCAACCAUCGCCGAAACCUGAGAGGCCGAGGGCCGCUGACGUGGAACCAUCAUCACCCGAACCCGAGAGGCCGAGGGCCGCUGACGUGCAACCAUCACCGAAACCCGAGAGGCCGAGGGCCGCUGACGUGCAACCAUCACCGAAACCCGAGAGGCGGAGGGCCGCUGACGUGGAACCAUCAUCACCUGAACCCGAGAGGCCGAGGGUCGCUGACGUGGAACCACCACCGAAACCCGAGAGGCCGAGGGCCGCUGACGUGCAACCAUCACCGAAACCCGAGAGGCUGAGGGCCGCUGACGUGCAACCACCACCGAAACCCGAGAGGCGGAGGGCCGCUGACAUGCAACCACCACCGAAACCCGAGAGGCCGAGGGCCGCUGACGUGCAACCAUCACCGAAACCCGAGAGGCCGAGGGCCGCUGACAUGGAACCAUCAUCACCCGAACCCGAGAGGCAGAGGGCCGCUGACGUGCAACCAUCACUGAAACCCGAGAGGCCGAGGGCCGCUGACGUGCAACCACCGCCGAAACCCGAGAGGCCGAGGGCCGCUGACGUGCAACCAUCACCGAAACCCGAGAGGCCGAGGGCCGCUGACAUGGAACCAUCAUCACCCGAACCCGAGAGGCCGAGGGUCGCUGACGUGCAACCAUCACCGAAACCCGAGAGGCGGAGGACCGCUGACUUGCAACCAUCACUGAAACCCGAGAGGCCGAGGGCCGCUGACGUGCAACCAACACCGAAACCCGAGAGGCCGAGGGCCGCUGACGUGCAACCAUCGCCGAAACCCGAGAGGCCAAGGGCUGUUGACGUGCAACCAUCGCCGAAACCCGAGAGGCCGAGGGCCACUGACGUGGAACCAUCAUCACCCGAACCCGAGAGGCCGAGGGUCGCUGACGUGCAACCAUCACCGAAACCCGAGAGGCGGAGGGCCGCUGACAUGGAACCAUCAUCACCCGAACCCGAGAGGCCGAGGGUCGGUGACGUGGAACCAUCACCGAAACCACCACCGAAACCUGAGAGGCAGAGGGCCGCUGACGUGCAACCAUCACCGAAACCCGAGAGGCCGAGGGCCGCUGACGUGCAACCAACACCGAAACCCGAGAGGCCGAGGGCCGCUGACGUGCAACCAUCGCCGAAACCCGAGAGGCCGAGGGUCGCUGACGUGCAACCAUCACCGAAACCGGAGAGGCAGAGGGCCGCUGACGUGCAACCAUCACCGAAACCCGAGAGGCCGAAGGCCGCUGACGUGCAACCAUCGCCGAAACCCAAGAGGCCGAGGGCCACUGACGUGCAACCAUCAUCACCUGAACCCAAGAGGCGGAGGGCCACUGACGUGGAACCACCACCGAAACCCGAGAGGCGGAGGGCAGCUGACGUGCAACCAUCACCGAAACCCGAGAGGCCGAGGGCCGCUGAUGUGCAACCAUCGCCGAAACCCGAGAGGCCGAGGGCCGCUGACGUGCAACCACCACCGAAACCCGAGAGGCCGAGGGCCGCUGACGUGCAACCAUCACCGAAACCUGAGAGGCCGAGGGCCGCUGACAUGGAACCAUCAUCACCCGAACCCGAGAGGCCGAGGGUCGCUGACGUGCAACCAUCACCGAAACCCGAGAGGCGGAGGACCGCUGACGUGCAACCAUCACUGAAACCCGAGAGGCCGAGGGCCGCUGACGUGCAACCAACACCGAAACCCGAGAGGCCGAGGGUUGUUGACGUGCAACCAUCGCCGAAACCCGAGAGGCCGAGGGUUGUUGACGUGCAACCAUCGCCGAAACCCGAGAGGCCGAGGGCCACUGACGUGGAACCAUCAUCACCCGAACCCGAGAGGCCGAGGGUCGCUGACGUGGAACCACCACCGAAACCACCACCGAAACCCGAGAGGCAGAGGGCCGCUGACGUGCAACCAUCACUGAAACCCGAGAGGCCGAGGGCCGCUGACGUGCAACCAUCGCCGAAACCCGAGAGGCCGAGGGCCGCUGACGUGCAACCACCACCGAAACCCGAGAGGCCGAGGGCCGCUGACGUGGAACCACCACCGAUACCCGAGAGGCCAAGGGCCGCUGACGUGCAACCAUCACCGAAACCUGAGAGGCCGAGGGCCGCUGACAUGGAACCAUCAUCACCCGAACCCGAGAGACCAAGGGUCGCUGACGUGCAACCAUCACCGAAACCCGAGAGGCGGAGGACCGCUGACGUGCAACCAUCACUGAAACCCGAGAGGCCGAGGGCCGCUGACGUGCAACCAACACCGAAACCCGAGAGGCCGAGGGCCGCUGACGUGCAGCCAUCGCUGAAACCCGAGAGGCCAAGGGUUGUUGACGUGCAACCAUCGCCGAAACCCGAGAGGCCGAGGGCCACUGACGUGGAACCAUCAUCACCCGAACCCGAGAGGCCGAGGGUCGGUGACGUGGAACCACCACCGAAACCACCACCAAAACCUGAGAGGCAGAGGGCCGCUGACGUGCAACCAUCACUGAAACCCGAGAGGCAGAGGGCCGCUGACAUGCAACCACCACCGAAACCCGAGAGGCCAAGGGCGGCUGACGUGCAACCACCACCGAAACCCGAGAGGCGGAGGGCCGCUGACGUGGAACCAUCAUCACCCGAACCCGAGAGGCCGAGGGUCGCUGACGUGGAACCACCACCGAAACCCGAGAGGCCGAGGGCCGCUGACGUGCAACCAUCACCGAGAGGCGGAGGGCCGCUGACGUGCAACCAACACCGAAACCCGAGAGGCGGAGGGUCACUGACAUGCAACCAUCGCCGAAACCCGAGAGGCGGAGGGCCGCUGACAUGCAACCAUCGCAGUAACCCGAGAGGCCAAGGGCCCCUGACUUGCAACCAUCAUCACCCGAACCCAAGAGGCGGAGGGUCGCUGACGUGGAAGCACCACCGAAACCCGAGAGGCCGAGGGCCACUGACAUGGAACUGUCAUCACCCGAACCCAAGAGGCAGAGGGCCGCUGACGUGGAACCACCACCGAAACCCGAGAGGCCUAGGGCCACUGACAUGCAACCAUCACCGAAACCCAAGAGGCGGAGGGCCGCUGACGUGCAACCAACACCGAAACCCGAGAGGCGGAGGGUCACUGACAUGCAACCAUCGCCGAAACCCGAGAGGCGGAGGGCCGCUGACGUGCAACCAUCGCAGUAACCCGAGAGGCCAAGGGCCCCUGACUUGCAACCAUCAUCACCCGAACCCAAGAGGCGGAGGGUCGCUGACGUGGAAGCACCACCGAAACCCGAGAGGCCGAGGGCCACUGACAUGGAACUGUCAUCACCCGAACCCAAGAGGCAGAGGGCCGCUGACGUGGAACCACCACCGAAACCCGAGAGGCCUAGGGCCACUGACAUGCAACCAUCACCGAAACCCAAGAGGCGGAGGGCCGCUGACGUCCAACCAACACCGAAACCCGAGAGGCAGGGGGCCGCUGAUGUGCAACCAUCGCCGAAACCCGAGAGGCCGAGCGCCCCUGACGUGCAACCAUCAUCACCCGAACCCAAGAGGCGGAGGGUCGCUGACGUGGAACCACCACCGAAACCCGAGAGUCCGAGGGCCGCUGACGUGCAACCAUCACCGAAACCCGAGAGUCCGAGGGCCGCUGACGUGGAACCAUCAUCACCCGAACCCCAAGAGGCAGAGGGCCGCUGACGUGCAACCAACACCGAAACCCGAGAGGCCGAGGGCCGCUGACGUGCAACCACCACCGAAACCCGAGAGGCGGAGGGCCGCUGACAUGGAACCAUCAUCACCCGAACCCGAGAGGCCGAGGGCCGCUGACGUGCAACCAUCACCGAAACCCGCGAGGCCAAGGGCCGCUGACAUGCAACCAUCACCGAAACCCGAGAGGCCGAGGGCCGCUGACGUGCAACCAUCACCGAAACCCGAGAGGCCGAGGGCCGCUGACGUGCAACCAUCACCGAAACCUGAGAGGCCGAGGGCCGCUGACAUGGAACCAUCAUCACCCGAACCCGAGAGGCCGAGGGCCGCUGACGUGGAACCAUCAUCACCCGAACCCAAGAGGCGGAGGGUCACUGACGUGGAACCACCACCGAAACCCGAGAGGCCGAGGGCCGCUGACGUGCAACCAACACCGAAACCCGAGAGGCGGAGGGCCGCUGACGUGGAACCAUCAUCACCCGAACCCAAGAGGCGGAGGGUCGCUGACGAACCACCACCGAAACCUGAGAGGCCGAGGGCCGCUGACGUGCAACCAUCACCGAAACCCGAGAGGCCGAGGGCCGCUGACGUGCAACCGUCACCGAGAGGCGGAGGGCCGCUGACGUGCAACCAACACCGAAACCCGAGAGGUGAAGGGCUGCUGACGUGCAACCAUCGCCGAAACCCGAGAGGUGGAGGGCCGCUGACGUGCAACCAACACCGAAACCCGAGAGGCCAAGGGCCGCUGACAUGGAACCAUCAUCACCCGAACCCAAGAGGCAGAGGGCCGCUGACGUGGAACCACCACCGAAACCCGAGAGGCGGAGGGUCACUGACAUGCAACCAUCGCCGAAACCCGAGAGGCGGAGGGCCGCUGACGUGCAACCAUCGCCGAAACCCGAGAGGCCGAGGGCCCCUGACUUGCAACCAUCAUCACCCGAACCCAAGAGGCGGAGGGUCGCUGACGUGGAAGCACCACCGAAACCCGAGAGGCCGAGGGCCACUGACAUGGAACCGUCAUCACCCAAACCCAAGAGGCAGAGGGCCGCUGACAUGGAACCACCACCGAAACCCGAGAGGCGGAGGGUCGCUGACGUGCAACCACCGUCAAAACCCGAGAGGCGGAGGGCCGCUGACGUGCAACCAACACCGGAACCCGAGAGGCCGAGGGCCGCUGACAUGGAACCAUCAUCACCCGAACCCAAGAGGCGGAGGGUCGCUGACGUGGAACCACCACCGAAACCCGAGAGUCCGAGGGCCGCUGACGUGGAACCAUCAUCACCCGAACCCCGAGAGGCGGAGGGCCGCUGACGUGCAACCAACUCCGAAACCCGAGAGGCCGAGGGCCGCUGACGUGCAACCAUCGCCGAAACCCGAGGGGCCGAGGGCCGCUGACAUGGAACCAUCAUCACCCGAACCCAAGAGGCGGAGGGUCGCUGACGUGGAACCACCACCGAAACCCAAGGGGCCGAGGGCCGCUGACGUGCACCCGCCGAAACCCGAGAGGCGGAGGGCCGCUGAUGUGCAACCACCGCCGAAACCCGAGAGGCCGACGGCCGCUGACGUGCAACCAACACCGAAACCCGAGAGGCCAAGGGCCCCUGACAUGGAACCACCAUGCAAACCCAGGAGGCCGAGGGCCGCUGACGUGGAACCAUCAUCACCCGAACCCAAGAGGCGGAGGGUCGCUGACGUGCAACCACCGCCGAAACCCGAGAGGCCGAGAGCCGCUGACGUGCAACCAUCACCGAGAGGCCGAGGGCUGCUGACGUGCAACCAACACCGAAACCCGAGAGGCGGAGCGCCGCUGACGUGCAACCACUGCCAAAACCCGAGAGGCGGAGGGCCGCUGACGUGGAACCGUCAUCACCCGAACCCAAGAGGCCGAGGGCCGCUGACGUGGAACCACCGCCGAAACCCGAGAGGCGGAGGGCCGCUGACGUGCAGCCAACACCCGAGAGGCCUAGGGCCACUGACGUGCAACCAUCACCGAAACCCAAGAGGCGAAGGGCUGCUGACGUGCAACCAACACCGAAACCCGAGAGGCCGAGGGCCGCUGACGUGCAACCAUCACCGAAACCCGAGAGGCGGAGGGGCGCUGACGUGCAACCACCACCGAAACCCGAGAGGCCAAGGGCCCCUGACGUGCAACCAUCAUCACCCGAACCCAAGAGGCGGAGGGUCGCUGACGUGGAACCACCACCGAAACACGAGAGGCCGUGGGCCACUGACAUGGAACCAUCAUCACCCGAACCCAAGAGGAAGAUGGCCGCUGACGUGGAACCACCACCGAAACCCGAGAGGCGGAGGGUCGCUGACGUGCAACCACCGCCGAAACCCGAGAGGCGGAGGGCCGCUGACGUGCAACCAUCGCCGAAACCCGAGAGGCGGAGGGCCGCUGACAUGGAACCAUCAUCACCCGAACCCAAGAGGCGGAGGGUCGCUGACGUGGAACCACCACCGAAACCCGAGAGGCCGAGGGCCACUGACACGGAACCAUCAUCACCCGAAUCCCGAGAGGCAGAGGGUCGCUGACGUGGAACCACCACCGAAACCCGAGAGGCCGAGGGCCGCUGACGUGCAACCAUUGCCGAAACCCGAGAGGCGGAGGGCCGCUGACGUGCAACCACCACCGAAACCCGAGAGGCCGAGGGCCGCUGACGUGCAACCACCACCGAAACCCAAGAGGCCGAGGGCCGCUGACGUGCAACCACCACUGAAACCCGAGAGGCCGAGGGCCGCUGACGUGGAACCAUCAUCACCCGAACCCAAGAGGCGGAGGGUCACUGACAUGGAACCACCACCGAAACCCGAGAGGCCAAGGGCCCCUGACAUGGAACCACCAUGCAAACUCAGGAGGCCGAGGGUCGCUGACGUGGAACCAUCAUCACCCGAACCCAAGAGGCGGAGGGUCGCUGACGUGCAACCACCGCCGAAACCCGAGAGGCCGAGGGCCGCUGACGUGCAACCAUCACCGAGAGGCGGAGGGCCGCUGACGUGCAACCAUCACCGAAACCCCAGAGGCCGAGGGCCGCUGACGUGCAACCAACACCGAAACCCGAGAGGCGGAGGGCCACUGACGUGCAACCACCGCCGAAACCCGAGAGGCGGAGGGCCGCUGACGUGCAACCACCGCCGAAACCCGAGAGGCGGAGGGCCGCUGACGUGCAACCACCGCCGAAACCCGAGAGGCCCAGGGCCGCUGACGUACAACCACCGCCGAAACCCGAGAGGCCGAGGGCCGCUGACGUGCAACCAUCAUCACCCGAACCCAAGAGGCGGAGUUUGAGUUAGCUUGGAACAGGCUAUUGCAGUCAAGCCUGAGCAAUAAGAAUAAAACUGAGUAGAACAAAAUAAAAAAAUAAAAAAACAAAACCUACACUCCAAAAACGAACUAACAAAGAAUAAAUAAAUAAUAUAAAAAUAAAAUAAAAACUGCAGUCCUUA